CCGUAUACCAUUCUGCAGAACUGUUGCUUGGAAAAGUGCCGUGAAAUGGUACACCGGAGCAAGGGUCGAAAGAAAAACACGAACGAGGCGAGGCGACUCACAUUCGGGGUUUGGCCUGCCGCGCAAGAGCUGCAAAAUUUUAGUUAAUUUUUCUCGUAGCAGCUCAAACCCGAGGUUGGAAGGGACGGAGGCGCACGAUUUCGUUUGCAGCGAAAUAUCGAAAAGUUUUCCGCAAAGUACGCGGAUCCGCGGGUGCGUGCGUGUGUCCCGUUUUAAUCGUGUUGUAGCUUUGCUCUUCCAUAUUAGCCUGUGUACGUGAAGCUGUGUGUGCGUUCGUCAAUUUUGCGGUGAAAUCAUACGCGCUCUGGUGGUGUAAAGUUGUUAAUUGAAGGGAAACAAAACCGAGAACGGGCUCGGAUUAAGCUACCCCCCAAUCUUCCGCCCAGCCAGUGUGUGUGUGUGUGUUCGUGCCGUCGUCUGCCCGUAAUCAAUCAAGGGUCCAUAUUUUCCGGAGCCUCUCAUAUUACACCGACCACGCACCUUGCCCUUCCCUGUAGCCGGAGACAACACAGUGUGAAACGAAGUGAAAAGUUGGGGUGUGAGCAAUUUUAAACCAAAGUCCAAGAAAGAGAACAUUCCCAUCGAUAACGGGCUCUAUACCCGCAAGUGGACCAGUGGAGCAGAAGUAAACCGGAAGGAAGACCGUAGCAGAAGAAGAAAAAAAAAACAUCCCGGACGAGCACUUCCGACAGUUGUUUGCGCCAGGCCCUCAAAAGACACCUUAUCACAAUGGAUAAAAGGAAACUAUCUACAUCCGGGGACACCCUCUACCAGACACUGGGCCUACAGAAGACGGCAACGGCGGACGAGAUUAAGAAGACGUACCGAAAACUGGCCCUCAAGUAUCACCCGGACAAGAACCCCAACAAUCCCGAUGCGGCAGAUAAGUUCAAAGAAGUAAAUCGUGCUCAUUCCAUUCUGAGUGAUUUGACGAAGCGAAACAUCUACGACAACUAUGGUUCGCUCGGACUGUACAUCGCGGAACAGUUUGGCGAAGAGAACGUCAACGCUUACUUUGUCGUCACGUCGCCCACGUGCAAGGCACUGUUUAUGAUUUGUGGUAUCAUCACCGGAUGUUAUUGUUGCUGCUGCUGUUGCUGCUGCUGUAACUUCUGCUUUGGCAAAUACAAACCGGUACCGCCGGAGAAUGCGGGAGACUAUCAUCAUCUACACAGAGAUGGUGCCGCAAGUAGUAGCAACGCGCGGGAAGGAACGGCCGUCACAGAACAGCCAACGCGAAGAGAGGAUUUGCAAGAUCUGGACGAUAAUGGAGGAGGCAGUGGUGGCCCGGUGACGUCACAGCCACAGGCGGGACAGGCACAGGGAGCUGGUAUGCCCGUGUACGCCAUGCCACCGCCGUCGUCCAAUCCGACGAAUCCGUUCACUGGCGCCGCCACCGAGAGCACGGGGCUGAACACGGGCAAUCAACCGAUCUACACGCCAGGAGAUUUGCUCCAAUUUUGAAGUUGUCCCAGUAUCCCAGUUUAGUUCAAAUCACCUGCGCAAACAUCAACAACGCACCAAGUGCAACGGCUACAAUUCUUCCACAUUGAUGUUGCCUUUGUUUUUGUUUGUGUUGUUGCCGUAUCUUUAGCUUUGAAGAAACUGUAGAAAACGUUCCAUUCUACUGGGAUGGAAAAAUAAAGCGAAAAAUCCGAUCCGAUUACCCUUUUCGUGGUGAUGUAAGUAGAUGUAAUGAAUAGCUAGAAUUUGCAGCGCCUUUUAUGCAUGUGAGUGUGUGUGUGUGCGUAAGAUCGAACUCCUUCGAAUAUAGUGUUUGUUUAGUAGUGUUUAUUUGUAUUGUUUGUAACUAAAACCAUCCUGCCGUCGUCUACCAAUGUAAUAAUGCUCCGUUGUUACCCAUUUUUAGGUAUGAAGUGAGCGUAUUAAUCGUCGCCAUCAAUAACACGAUACGGUUCGAAGGGAGGGAACCCGGUUACAUGGACGCAAGGGAUAAGGGCGCGAUAAGGCACAAGUUGAGUCAUGCCCAGCGGCGCCGCGCCCCUCCAUUUAUCCCGCAUCCCUCUUAUUUGUGCAGCGAAUAGCACCCGAACCCGAAAUCAAACACUCCCUAUAACAAUAUGCUGUCACAAUAAUAAGCAACUGUAUUAAUAAUCGUCGCUAGAACCAGGACCGCGAGCAUCUCCUCCCUGCCUGCCUGCAAACAAAACACGGUGGUUGGUGGAAGGCACCCGUACAUACGCAAAGGGCAGCAGAGGAGCGAAGAAACAAAAGUAUCUUUUUAGGGUAUAUUUAUACGUUUAAGUAAUGGCAAAUAACAACAGUUAGUAGAAGCCCCCUUUUCUGUGUGCAUAUAUGUAUGUGUGCGUGUGUGUACGUGUAUUUAUCCUAGUGAGGCUACUUCCCACUGGAUGCCUCAGAGAAAAAGGAGACAAGAGAGUGGCGCAAAAGCAGCAGUAGAAGAGGAAGAACAAAAUCAAAACAAUUUAAGAAGCUAACAAUAAUACUUUUAUCUUGCUGUGUGUUGCCGCUAGUAUCCGUAUGCUCUACAUACUACUAAAUCCCAUCCAUUUCGGUAACACGCGCUCAAGUCGUCAAACAGGCAAAAACGGAGAUGCUGAAACAUAACAGUCACACACACACACACACACACUAACAGAGAGCCACAAUCACACACAGCAUUAACGUUAUCGCAACUCAUUUGGAAGACUCCAUAAAUUAGCGACUGUAUUUUCUGGUUCAAAACGGCGAUUUCGAUUAUUCGCGAUAACAUAUUAAAAUUGAACGAUUUAGUGGUGUGUAGAUAUAUAUACAUGUAUGUAUGCGCCAGCUAUACCAUUUAGAGCUGAUCUUAUGGGAACGUGUUUCCUCCUCAUUUAUUAAGUGUUACUAAUUCGAUUUUUGCAAAUACUACUUCAAUUUCGAGUGUGAAACCCGUUAUGCAUAUUACGAUACUAAGAAAAACGGAGCAGAACGUGCACACACACACACAGGGGGACGGUGCACCACGCGGAGACAGUGACGGAACAGUUCAUUAUUAUAAUCCGGUGUCACAUCCCGUAGGACUGGAGCUUUCAGACGGACAAAAACUCCUUAAAAGUGUAGCAAUUAAUUGCGCAAGUUAUGUUGCGUGAGUGUGUGUAUUUAAGGGUACAACGUGCAUGCCCUCCUCUCCUGCAUAUGCCACACCACUGUGCAGAUAGUUAUUGUACUGUACGAGCGACCGUAGGACGAGAUGAUGUAUGAUGAUGAUGAAGACAAAGAGUAGAAGAUGCAAAAGAAUAUAUCUAUAUACAUACAAAAUUCAUAAAUCUUAUAUAUCCAUUUAUCCCCCAAAAUUCCAAAGCAUUUGAAGCACACACACACACACACGAACCUUUAAUUAGAGGAGACGUUGUUAGAGAACGGUUAAAAUGUUGCUGAGUGUGUACGGUAAGGAGUUGUAGGGCAUGUGAAAAGGAACGAGUAUCAAGAGAACAAGUAUAGGAGCGUUGGGAUGUGGAAGAAGAAAGUACUGGAAGCAGCGAUUGCUCGAAUAAGACGCGGAAUAAUCUAACAACAACAACUCACAACGACAACACGAACGCUCUGGACGCGGGACACAGGACACGUGCACGUUAAUUACGACAAUUGCAGCAAAACAUUAUAUAUUGUAAAAUAUAUUGAACGGUGGUGCGGACGGGAGAGAAUGCCGUUCGAAGCGAAUGGGAAAUGACAACACUACAAUAACCGUUACGGAAGCAAAAACAAAAUAAACUAAAACCUGAACGACGAAACAUUCAUUGCCACGUUAUGCAAAAUCCACAAUAA